AUGCGUCUCUCCGUCUCCGCCGCCACCAUCGGCGCUGUGGUUUUGGCCGCUCCUCUGGUCUCCGCCGCUGGACGCCACGAGCGAGGCCUUGUCGACCCUUCGGAACACCCUGCCGGUCACCUGUUCCACAAGCGUGCCUCUGAGCACCACGGAAUCACCAAGCGUCAGCUCUCCACCACUUCCAAAAACGGCAUGCCUUACCCUCCUGCCGGUGCUGACCCGCCUCCCGCCAGCUCGCUGCCCCAGGCUUGGAUCGACCGCUACAACCAAAAGAAGAAUGCCGGUUUGAUCCCCAACAUCCCCCGAUCCAUCACCGACCCCAACACGCGUGCCACCGUCUACCCUGCCGGCACCGACAUGACCAACGUCUGCUCUUGGACUGUGCAGAAGUGUGAUACAGGUGAUAUCUGGCUGGCUCCCGAUAACUAUGUCUCGAUCACCUUUGACGACGGCCCCACUCCUCAGUCGCACAGCCUCAUCGACUAUCUCCAGGCGCAGAAGCAGACUGCUACCCACUUCCUCAUCGGCAGUGCCAUUGUAUGGAACCCCGACGCGAUGGAUCUUUACGUCAAGGCUGAUCCUCCCAUGCACCUUGGUGUUCACACCUGGUCGCACACUCUUCAGACGGGCAAGACGGAUCUCGAGAUUCUCGGCGAUCUCGGCUGGACCAUGCAGAUCAUCUACGAUCUGACCGGUUCCGUCCCUAUGUACUGGCGUCCUCCUGAGGGUGACGUCGAUGCCCGCGUUCGUGCGAUCGCCACCGAGGUGCUCGGUCUGCAGACCGUAAUGUGGAACAAGGAUGCCGACGAUUGGUGUCUGCGUCAGGGCACCGGCACCGCUCAGCUCCAGACCUGCACCACCGGCGUCGGCGCCACCAAGCAGGGCGUCAUCCGUGAGAUGACCAGCUGGGCCCAAACCACCAACCGUACCGGCUUCAUCUCGCUUGAACACGAGACCACCGACCAGGCCAUCGACGCCUUCAAGGAGUAUCACCAGGCCCUCGUUCAAAACAAUUGGAUUGCUGGUGCCGUGCCCGAACUCCAGGGGUUGCCUUACUACCAGAACCAGUGGAACCUCACCUCACGAAAGGAACGCGUCGACAGCAUCUUGCCCACUCGUGAUCCUAUCAAGGUGGUCCACUCGGAUGCUCCACGUGGCAGCAGGAGGGCUCCUGACACGAGCGCCUUUGCCAAUCUUGAUGGUAGUGGCGCUAGCGCUGGCGCUUCGUCCUCGGCAAGUGCAGCUGCGACCAGAACGCGUGGUUCAUCUGCAGCAUCCGCUGCUACCGGUUCUUCCAGCUCCUCUAUCAGCUCUGGCAGCACUUCUAGCACCACGAAUUCCUCCUCCAAGAGUCAGUCGAGUUCGGGUGCCACCCACUCCAUCGCUGGCGCUUCCACCAUCGGCUUUGGCGCUUUGGCUGUCGCUUUUGCUCUCUUGCUCUGA